GCGCCGCGCCAGUCCGCCGAGCCGCCGGCUGGGUGCUGUCGCAGCUGCGCCUACGCUGUCCCUCCCGCUCCGCCGCUGCCGCCAUGCCCGGAGGGCUCCUUCUCGGGGACGAGGCGCCCAACUUCGAGGCCAACACCACCAUCGGCCGCAUCCGUUUCCACGACUUCCUGGGGGACUCAUGGGGCAUCCUCUUCUCCCACCCUCGGGACUUCACCCCAGUUUGCACCACGGAACUGGGCCGAGCUGCAAAGCUGGCACCAGAAUUUGCCAAGAGGAAUGUGAAGUUGAUCGCCCUGUCUGUAGACAGCGUUGAGGACCAUCUUGCCUGGAGCAAGGAUAUCAAUGCCUACAAUGGAGAUGAGCCCACAGAAAAGCUGCCUUUUCCCAUCAUUGACGAUAAGAAUCGGGACCUUGCCAUCCUGCUGGGCAUGCUGGACCCAGCAGAGAAGGAUGAGAAGAACAUGCCUGUGACCGCGCGUGUGGUGUUCGUCUUCGGGCCUGAUAAGAAACUGAAGUUGUCUAUCCUCUACCCGGCCACCACUGGCAGGAACUUCGAUGAGAUUCUGAGAGUAGUUAAGUCUCUGCAGCUGACAGCAGAAAAGAGAGUCGCCACCCCCGUGGAUUGGAAGGAUGGAGAUAGUGUGAUGGUCCUUCCAACCAUCCCUGAAGAGGAAGCCAAAACACUCUUCCCCAAAGGAGUCUUCACCAAAGAGCUCCCAUCUGGCAAGAAGUACCUCCGCUACACUCCCCAGCCUUAAGUCUCCGAGAGGUCGGGGCUGAAGCUGCGCAUGGAGCGCAGUGAGCCAGAGGAUGCCAGCUGCCAAUCAUGUUUUCCUAGAACAGUUCCGCGAGAACAUUCUGGUUGAAUCACGCCUGGAUCUUUAGGUUGCAAUACUACCGGCUUAUUAAAUGGAAAUGGCACUAAGCGUUUCUUGGGAUUCUUUACUCUGCCCGCACCAGCAUUCCGUCCUUCCACAGACAUGUGCUCUCUGCAGGCUGGCUCUCUGGGAAAUGACAAUCUGUCUUUAAGACUCAAAUCUUGGGGGGUCUGCAGUGUGGAUUAGUGAGGUAGUACCCACUGACGGUUGAGAAAGCUUGCUCCGCUUUAUCACAGAACGACUGCCAGUUUUCUUAGCUGUCCUAAUUGAAUCCUCUUUUCUACUAACCAAUUUUGGAGAGAAGCAGAACUUGAGGUUCAGCUUUCUCUGUAAAUAUCUAAGUGUAUUGCCUGGAACUCAAGAACUUAGGAACUUAACCCGAAAGUUCUUUAAUCGUUGUUUUAAUAACAACUUGGGGGGGGGGGGGGGCUGGAGAGGAACUUUAUUUCCAUACUUUUCUAGUAGAUAAUGUGAAGCAAGAGGAGAAGGGGGAGGGGUCUUCAAAUAUUUUGCUAUUUUUAAAACAUGGGAUUAAUUUCCACCACAGGGGGAGGCUCCCCACAUACCAGGGAUGUGUCCCAGUAGUGCGGCCAAGACAAGUGCCAUGUGCCUUCCACACAGUUUCCCUAGGCUGGCCUGCUCUCUCAUGACAUUCACUCGAAAGGGCUCCUUUUAAAGAGAGGAGAGGAUGGCUGAAAGUGUUUCCAUAUAGAAUCAUUCUUGCAGUGGGUCGCUAUUUUCUGAAUUUUGCAUUUUGGAGAUCAGUAAAUAAAAUCCUUUGUUAAAAUGG